AUGGCUAUGCCUGUUAUAUGUAACCCUAAAGCAGGACUGCAUGAGACUUUACCUUAUAUCAAUAGGUGCAGAAAGUCGUAUAGCUUUUUUGGGUUUGAUCCGAUUAGCAAGAAAUGCAAGGCAUUGUUCAUGGCUUAUCCAAGUGGUCCUGAUGAUCACAGAAUUAUGACAUUAGGAACAAGAGGCAUGAGGUGGAGAAAGAUCAAAUGUUCCUUAAUACAUGAGGGUGUGAGUCAAGGGGUAAGUAUUAAUGGGGUUUUGUAUUACUUAGGUGAUACGUCUGCGUAUGAGGUGUCUGAAGGGAAGUCUACUCUGGCAAUAGUUUGCUUUGAUGUUAGGGCUGAGAAUUUCAAAUUUAUUUAUCUGGAAAGUUGUUGUGAACUGAUAAACUAUAAGGGUAAACUAGGUGUUAUCUAUCGUGAUAAUAUCACUGAUGAUACAAUGGAGUUGUGUGUGUGGGUUCUAGAGGAUGUGGAAAAGCAAGAAUGGUCAAAGUAUGCCUACAUUUUGAAGGGUGAUAACUUCUUCCCGGAGUACGUAUCAGUUGUUGGAGUGAUUUCUACGGGUGAAAUCAUGUUUUCGAUGGCUGAUUAUAUAUCCAAACAACCGUUUUAUGUUUUCUACUUCAAUCUUGAAAGGAAAACUCUUCAACGUGUUGAAAUCCAAGGUUUUGGAGAAUACCGUGACACGUCCAGGCCCAACUAUCAUAUGAAAGCCCACGUCUUUUCUGACCAUAUAGAUGAUCUUAAUGUUAACUAUCCGAAAUUACUCAAGUCAAGCAUAUAUGCCCCACGUCUGAUAUGCUUCAGUCUGAAGUUUUAG